GCACCAAGGGUUUUUCGAAAGACGCCACGAAGAGAUCGAGAACCGUUGGACGCGACCUGGACCCGUGAGCUUCUCAUAGAAGUUGGACAUUCGGAGGACAGGCUUUCAGUCCUUUGCUCGAUGCAUGAGAAGAUGUUGUGCCUUUGGAACCCUGAUGGGAGGCCGGUGCCGUCCUGGGUGGGGUGUCUCUUUCUGGGUCUUGCUGCACUCAGCAUUGGCGUGGGGGCUGAGGUGGGCAAUUUCUCCUCCUGCAGUGAGUAUUUCUACAGAGGCAUCCCUCCGAAGGGGGUCGGGGUUCGAGAGAGCCCCCAGAUCUGCCAGCGCUAUAGGAACACGUACCAUUUUGCCAGCCUGUACAACAGGCAGUGGCGGACACCCCUGUACUCCGCAUACGUGUUCACCGCGGGGGGUAAGAAGAGGCCGUCCACCCAUUGGAAGUAUGAGCCACAGCUGGCCAGCUCCCGAGGUUCCCCAGAGAUGGCAUGCUUCCAUUCCGGCCCGGUGGAUCAGAACGUGCUAGAGAGCCAAGCUGUUCUGCAGGACUACAAAAACUCGUCGUACACCAAAGGCCACUUGAGUCCAAACUCACACCACCUCCAAGAUCUAGACAAGAGAGCCACCUUCACCCUCACCAACAUUGUGCCCCAGAAAGCCGGCUCCAACUCCGGCCCGUGGGCAGACCUGGAGAACAAGGUGGCUGCUGCUCUGACGGCUUACUGCACAGGGAAAGCUUACAUUGUGACCGGAGUGCUGCCGUACACCACCGCUCGGUGGAUCAAGAACCGGGUGGCUGUGCCAGAGUACCUGUGGUCAGCCUACUGCUGUUCCUCCUUCAGCGCAGAGCUUCCUGAAAAACUCCGCUCCACAUUUCCCACCUUCGCUGCCAUCGGCCGCAACGACCCCCUCAGCGACGAGGAAAUCGUCCCUGUGAACCCCAACGCCCCACUAACGACCCGGGGCUACGACGUGAGGCGCAUGCCCCUCACAAACCUGGAGAUGUACCUGAAGCAGAGGCUGGGUGGAAACAUCAGCUUAUUUCUUAACCACUGUCGGUGAAGGAUGACUGAAGAACAUAUCUUACUAACCCUAACCCUACAAUAAAAGACAGCACUGAAGAACAGAAUAAUAUUAAAUUUAUUUUGUGGAAAUGCAAUUCGGCACACAGCCCUCUUCAGGAAAGAAACAGAAUGAAACUGGACAAAUACAUAGGCAGAUGAGCAACAAUGAUUCCGUAUCACUCACUAUGGCACCAUAAUAGUUAGGAGAGAAAAGUUUAACUGAAAAUACUGGGCAAAUGAACUUGGCUCCUCAUCUUAUAAACACAGUAAAGACCAAAAGUCUGUUUGCAAUUUGUUUUGGUUAUAACUCCAAAAUCAAAUUUAGCCUUAAACUGAUCAGUCACAGCAAACAUCCUUCAAUUUAUUUUGUUUUUAUAAAAAUAUUUUCAUUAGUUGUAUUAAAAAUAAAUUUUAAAUAACUGGAAAUAAUAAGUAGCCAACACAAACUAUUAUUCAAUACUGAUUGUUGACCAGUUCAACCCAUAAACAUGUGCAUCAUUUCUCUUGUCAUUGAUCACUAACACUUUAGAUGUGAACUGUAAACACUGUGGAGAGGAGUUGAAUUAAGUGCCACAGAUCUUAUUUCAUAUGGGUGCCCUUUACCAGCAUCUAUUGGCUGGACAGGUAAAAACAUGUUAAAUUCACUGCUGCAAACAGUAACAAAAAUGAAAUGCAACUUAGAAAAUGCUUUCAGAAAUAAGCAAACAGUAAAAUGUUUGAAUCUUUGGAAAUGUGUAACUCAUAACACCAGGAGCAAUUGUAAUUAUAAAUGUACUUUUUAUUGAAGUUCAGUGCUGGCCCUU